AUGGAUAACGACCAUACCACCUUGGCUGCUGUAGAAACAAUGCCUUCAACCCAUAUUGAAUUUAAGACCGAGGAAAGUGCUUACGACACAUCAUUCCAUCUCGAGGCCGCAUUCAAGAGAGAGUCUCCCCUGGGAUUUAUGGCAGAUUGUCCAUCUCUAUCAUCCAGCUUCCUCUCGUCUGGCUCCUCGAUCGCAGGCUCCCAUUAUCUCCGUCGUUCUUCCCUGGGAUCUUGCAGCAGUUUAACCUCCCCAGACAUGUUCUUCACCCCUCCGGCAAGAUUCGCAAGUCCCAUCACGCCGAUGAUGCAGGAUCCGGGAGUGCGUAUGACCUACCAGAAGUGUCUGAAACCAGCAGCCUGCUUCGAUAACUGCCAACCCAUUUUUCACAUGCAAGAAGAGGACCAGUACCCUCAGAGGUGUGUUUGGAUGAGUGGUGUCGGCUCCUCUCCCGGCCUGCCGAUGACAGACAUGUCAGAUAUGUUGAUGUCUGCACAUGGUCACCCACUAUAUGAUUCGAGGCAGCCUGGUAUCAGCAACGUAAUCUCGAAUCCGGCUUUGACCAAGUCGAUCUUCGACGGGCCGUUGGACUCUCCCACCAUGCAUGGUUCAGACCACGAUUUUUUGCGGUGGACUUUAGCUCACACUCCCACAGAGACCAUAGAGCCGAGCGUGACGUUCCAGCGCAUAUUACCAAGCUCCCCGAGCUACAAGCUCGAGCCGUCAACUCCUCCAAAGGCUAGAGUACCUCCGUCGGCUAUUCUAAGCAGCAGUCCUUUGUCAAUGAUCUCACCAUCCGUGCUGCCGUCACAGCACGACGUUGACGAACUGUCGUAUGAUGAUCUCGAGCAAGUUCUGAGGCACUGUGACAGCAAGAGACAUCGGACACACCAUGACCGGCUGCAUCGACGAGGGUACGAGCGCAGGAACACAACGGGGAUUUCGAAACUCUCCUCCAAGACCGCAGCCAGUAAUUCUGGUAUCAACUGCGCCCCAAUCAUUGAAGAAAAUCCAUAUCCCUGCACAUACCCCGGGUGCAUUGACAAAGGCACGGGAAAACCGAAACGGUUCAAGAGGCAGGAGCAUAGAAAAAGGCAUGAAAAGACCGUGCAUGAGAAAGAGGACCACGACGUGUACAGAUGCUGGGUGCCCGAGUGCAAUAGGCCUUUCUCGAGAACGGACAACCUCAAAAGUCACCUGAGAAACACUCAUUCAAAAAAGCCAGGCGUUCGAGGGAAUCGAUACGUGGCCACGCUGGACAAGAACAGCCAGUAUUAUGAUCCAGACUGGGUCGGCGAGCUCGAUAAGAAUGGGUUUCCUCUGGUGUGA